UGGAGCUAGCCCCACACCUGGCUCAUCCACUUCACUACGAUCACGUCGUGAUUUCGUGGCGCCACCCCAGGCAGAAAUGCAGUUUCGUGUGCUUGGCGAGAAGUUCUCGGAUGCGGAAAUACUGCCCCAUGAGUCGGCGAUAUUGGCCCGUGCCGGACAUCGACCGUAGAGUGGUGUUGCCUGUUGGGCAGUGUACGAGCAAUGCACGCUUACAUGUACGCAUGCUGUGAACAUGGCCAGGUGUCCUUGGCUUUGAGUUUGGCUUGAACCAAAGUUCAGAGGAGAAGGCAGUGAAUUUAUUUCAUGUCUGCACAACCGAAAGCAGAACUGGACCAGUAUCUUUUGGAUCUCUUUCAACCAUUGCAAAGGAGCGCGUUGCGUUUCGUUCACCGUUGGAUCUACAACGCUGGGCUAACUACUUACAGUCUUGGUGGUUGGAUAAUGAGCACGUAACGACCUUCUCUUGACCCUACUGCCAUGGUGUCCAAGCUAGCGCUUUGCUUGAUGCUCGCCAUUAUCUGGCACGAGUCGUCUACCCUGACAGUGAAAGCAGGCUCCAUUCAAUACAAGACCGAUGAAACGAAACAAGAUGCGGCAGAGGUAACCCAGCGAGAUGAUGAGUCGCGACAGCUUCCAAAGCCGACCGGCAAUAUCGGGUCCGAAGAAGAUGCCGACACAGCUCACAGCCGCCCCGGACUGUCCUUUGAGGAAGGUGCGUGUGUCCUCUACCAGUACGAUAUGAUCUUUGGCGGCCGCAAACCCAAUGAGAGACGUCAACAAACUGCUGGCAUUAGCACCGAUGUGGAAAUGAAGACAGUUCGUCAAGUCUCUACAAAUCCAGACAUGUGGCUAAUAAAGGCGACAAUUUCUCGUCCGCGCCCAUGCAUAGGUGGACAAUGUCAGGGUGUUGACCAUGAGCUGCAGGAAACACUAGCUGGUGAACUCUUCUUUGAACAAGAUACCACUGGCCAUAUCACUCACAUCCUAUUUCCAAAGGAUGAUCAUGUCAACGCUAAUGUUUUCAAGAGAGGUCUACUGGCCAGUAUCCAGCUGAACAUAUCAAACCCUGAAGUUCGGAGCUACAUUUCUGAGGAGACGGGAGAAAGUGGCCGGUACAGGUCAAACUACACCGUCCACUCAAUGGAGGUCAACAGUCAAGGCAAAAUGUCAAUUGACCUAACUAAAACUGUGUCUGGCAAGGACUUCCUGCAGUUUGCUCAUCCAGCACUGGAAGAAGGCACAAGUACAGCUCAGUACGAAUUCGACUUUGCCAUCAAGGAAGGUGUCCUGGAUUCAGUGGCUUUCAAAUACAACAACCAUCCUGGCUCAAAACCAGCUCGCCGAUACGAGAAAAACCCGUCACCGGCGAGUGACUUGGAAGUGUUUGCGAGAGGACAGCUGAAAAAAACUGGCUCAUGCAGCUCAUCAAGAUGGCGACGUUCGAGUGAGACAGACAGCGCCGUCCGUGAUGCUUAUGUGAAGGAAAGCCUAAUGCACACAACGGAUCUCCACCAAUUGCCAUACUUCAGCUACCCUACUGAUGAAGAUGAAACGAAAGAGGCCAAAUCGCCUUCAGAGCAUCUGUCAUACUUUGCAACUUGCCUGACCAAUGCCCAAAAGCCUCAUGAUGAAGGAGACUGUCUGAAGGAAGUCCUAACGGAAGCGUCAGAGAAUGAUGCCGUAGUCUCAGAGGCAACAAGCCGUCUUUGUUCUGGUCACGUUUCGUCUAGACUUGAGCUCCGAGUUCAACUGGCUGCAUCUCUACUCAAUCUGAACGCUCAGCAAUGUUUGGCUCGAGUACUACUGAAUAGCACGCAGCCUCAUGAGCACAUUAGCGACAUCUUGUUGGAAGGUCAUUUCAUAGAUGACGUUCAUCACAGCUUUGCCUCGGCCAUCUUAACAGUGGCAGAGCAACAUUCUGAUCUGGAUGUGCAACUUGCUGCGACACUGGCACUUGGAUCGGUGAGUCACACAAUCAGGGACGAGCAUCCCGCACACAAGGCGGCAGCUCUGAAACACAUCCAGAGCAGACUGCUUAUAUCACCAGUCCACCUGUCCCACGAGGACCAGGAGUCCUAUACGCAUGCUCAUCUGGCAGCGCUUGCCAACAGUCGCGAGUGCAGCACUUUCUACAGCUUGCUACCUUGGCUGCGUGAUGAGCGCAUUGGCGUACGUCAGACCGCUCUACAUGCACUGGCACAUUUCAACUGCACGCGAGCGGAGGAUUUGUACGUGACGGAAAUGCAACACGUGAAUGCGACUAGCGACGACAAGGCCGUCAUUGUGCAUAGCCUGCGCACACGACACCGGAACAUUGGCAUCAAACCAUCCACCUUGCAACACAUACGCGAGCAUGCUCUUGCUGAGAUUGGCUCUGAGAGCCCCAUGGAAUCUGCCCUACGUGCUUUCUUUGAGAAGAAUGAAGAGAUCACAGACGAGGACUUCGAGUUCUGGCAAUCGCUUCAAGCGACUGGAAAGACGGUCAGAGAAACGAGGCAGCGCGUAAAGAGAGCAGUGACAGUACGCCAAUUCCUCAAGCCCCUCGUUGAUGCCCAAAUUGGUAUUAACAAAGAAUGGAGACCCCAAAAGCUGGGAUUCAAGUAUGCGUCUGCUGAGGCCAGCUUGGUGCUCCGUAACCUUCUCAACGUCUACCUCUCCGUGUUUGAUGGCAAAAUUGAUAUCGACAUCUACAACCAAGGUCUAAUUUGGUUGAACGCAUUCGGCACAAAGUACGACCUAGUUGAUGGACUUGUGGAAUUCAGCGCUGCCCUCACCUACAAAAACCUCAUCCCGCCAGACCUGCUGGAUUCAGCCUGGGCCGUGAUAAGCAAUGCUGCCUCAUCCAUCAAGUCAGCGACGCAGGUCGUCAUGCAGCAAAUACACAAGUUCAUUGACCUUCUCGAGAGCUACAUCCAGCCCAUUGCCAAGCUCAUCACCAAUCCUCUCAUAGAAUUUGUGAAGCCGGCCAAGAAAUUUGUGGACAACGUGGACAAUGCUCUUGCCAAAAUCGAGGAAAUGACCGACUUUGAUAAGUUGGCCAAGAAGCUGCUGGAUCAAUUGCCACAGCUCCAGUUUGUAACAAAGACAUUCAAUACUCUUCAGAACGUGUACAACGUAAUCCAGAGUAAAUUCGACAAACUGGAAGGAGUCUGCAACAACAUCACCGGCCCAGUGUCCGGUGCCAUCAACAAAGUUGCGGAUCGCAUCCAAGACACUCUGACUGAAAUCCAGUCCUCUGCUCUGCUCAUCACGGACACUGUCUUAGAUAAGACGGUGAACGCCCUGGACACUGUGGAAAACAUGUCGACAAACAUCAUUCAAUCCAUCGACAUUAUGGGACAAGUAAAGACCGCUUUGCAGCCUGCCCUGGAUUUUGGAGAUACGACAUUCAAAUUUUCCUUGGUUGUAAGCUGGAGCACAACUCUUCCAACGGAGAUCAAUAAUGUCAUAACGGACUUGAAUGUGACCGUUGAACAAUCCAAGGAUGCCAUUCACAACUUCACAACAUACGGCAUAGCUUCAGGCACACCAAUAGCAGUGCGGCAAAAGAUCAAGCAAAAGUUUGCAUCGGCCAUUACCUUCGUUAACAACUCCAUCAACAAAGCUGAUGAUAAGAUUGAGCAGCUGAAGACCAUUGCAGAUAGUGCACUGACUUUCUACAAUAACCUUGAUCAGAAGGGUGGCCCGGCUAUUAACGCGUUGAUUGCAAAAGCCGAUAAGGCUAUAAUCAUUCUGAGUGACAUCAACGCUGCAGCGUCAAGGAAGUUGUCGUCAACUGUGCAGACUGCCAUGGUCAAGUUGCAGCAAGGUGUGAAAAUUGCAGAAGACAAAGGUGCUGCACUUUUGAACAAAGUUGACGAGUUGAUCCUUACCGUUGAGAGCAAGGUCAAUGCCUUCAUUGACGAUGUUGCUAACGCUCUACUGAACUCGUUCAUGGAUGCUGGGAAAAGGGUCAAUCUUGGACAGCUUUUGGACAAAGCCAGCAACCUUCUUCAGGAACAAGUGACAAAGCUGGCAACAUUUGUGAACGACUUGAUCGCCCUGAAGAUCAAGCCCUACAUACAGAAAGCUAUCAAUGCCGUGCAGGGCUUUAUCAAUGACAAGGCAGAAGUCGUCAUCGAGUUCACGUUGAAGAAACUUAAUGACCUCCGCAACUGGGUACUUGAUAAGAGCAACAGCACAUUUGGAAAAGUGCUGCAACUGUCACGUGAUGUGUUGGAUGGUGCAGCUCGCUUCUCAAAACAUCUCAAGUUUCUCGGCCCUACUGGAGAAUCCGUCCAUAAAUUUGUCCAGAUGGCUAACAACAUUGUUGUUGAAGGAACUCGAAUCGACUUCAUCGCUAACCGCCUGUAUGAUGCCUACAACAAGACAACCAAACUGACAGCUCCGCUACAGUCCCUAAUCAAUCAGAAACUUGACUUGGUUUCUGGGCUUGUCUCUCAAAAGGAAAGUGAAAUCAACGGUCUAAUCCAGAAGACACGGAACAGCAUCAACAUUAUGAGCAGGAUACAGUCGUUGGUACAGGAGUUCAAAGCUUACAGUCGCUCUCUAAUUUCGGACGGCGUCUCUGUUAUCAGAUCUCGGAUAAAGAGCUACCACACAAUAUUAGCUGAUGUGGCAGAUCAAGCCAGAUCCAAAAUCAACCUGGCCGGCGAGUUUGUCCAGUUCAAGAUAAAUUCAACCAACAUUUUGCCCCAACUCACUGCUCUCAAGACAAUUGCUACCAAAGUUUCAACCUACCGACAAACACUAGCAAGAAUUGUCAACACAACAGUACCGAUUGUGGAGCGCUACUAUAAAGACUACAAAAGCCUGCGCUCCAGUGUACAGUUUAUGCUGAACGAUCACAUGUCUCAACUGGAUGACUAUGUCAACUUCGUCUGCGUUCCUGGCUCGGUGUGUGUGACGGAUGUAUUGAAGGAUGACUUGGCUGUUGUCGUCAAGGCAAUGAAUACACUACAAUCUCAACUUGGCACCGUGUCAAACUUUGUGAAUAAUGACUUGGGUUUUCUGAAACAAGGCACCCUUUCAUUGACAAAGACAUUCCAGCCGUUUAAACCGCUCCAGCAAAAGGCACUGAAGUAUAUCGCCUAUUUCGCGAGCCUGGAAAAGCUGGCAAAGGACAGUGUGUUGGGUGUGCUGACAAAGACAAUUGGCAAACUUAGAUCAAGCGUUGAAGUUGUGAGAAGCACAAUAACAUCGACAGUUACAACAACUCUCUCUAAGGCAAUUGGUCCCGGUGGUUUUGUGGAGAAGAUGCGGACAUUUGCAAAUGACAUCAGCACAUCAUGCUCCUUCGUCAAUCGACUGUCAUCGGUUAUACCUAAUCCAGCACAACUUAAACCUUGGCUGACAGCGGUUGCCUUUUCUGAGGCAAUCAAGCUGUUCAAGAGCUCCUCAGUGUACAGGGCAUACCAGACAGCAUCUGGCUAUCUUCAACAAGCCAGAGAGGUGGUGAGAGCCGUGAAGGGUGUACUGAGCUUUGACAUUGUCUCCAAGGUCACUGGCUUCCUCCAAGACAUCCUAAAGAUCCCAAGAGAUAUCCUAAAGAAAGUGAAGGCAUUCCUGGACAGCCUGCAAUGGCAGAGCCGCUCAAUUGACCCCUCAACAUUCAAGCCGUGGUCCGACUUGAGCCAAUGCUCAGAUACUGUGUGUAUUCGACAAUUAGCGCGCUCUACAAUAGCUUACCGUGACUACGUGGCACCGCUGAAGUACAUUCAUUUCUUCACACUGUCUCGGCAACAAUUCAUAAUACCCGGCCUGUACGAAGAUUGGAACGCUCAAGGCAUCACCAUGCUGGACAGGGACAAGGACAUUGUGCUGCAGACGCUAUUUGGCACUGACUUGAAUGCCGGAAAAACACCACUGAUUGUAGCAAUGAACAAGAAAACCGGAGCAUUCCUCAAAAUCUACACAAUAACGGAUCCAAUGUCCAAGCUGGAAACAACUCAGUUUGGUAUUGCUGAAGCCGGGAACUAUAUCUACCUCUUCGGUUCGUAUCAUGUCUCCAAAAAGCGUCGCAGUGUUCUGCAUGCCAUUUUGAAAUCAGACUUCCUGUCAACGCUCAGCACCCCGGGUCCAUCUGGUGUUUCGAUCAAGAACACUUACCAUCCAGAUGUGUACGGGUAUGGCGUGUAUUUCGAGAAAUCAAAGGGCCUCCUGUGGCUGAGUGACUACUACGACAUCCGUGGAAAGGAAGAUAUUCCCAAGAGCCACAAAAUCGGCGAAGGCGGCAUAGCCAUCGGCGUGAAGCUCAACAGCGAUGGCUCAAUACAAUCCAGGUCAAUGCGUCCGUCUGCUGCUUUGCUCGUUGGUCCUGGUGUCCAGGACUUGGUCGUUGCAGAACGUCCUUUCGGCCGCUAUGCUGCACUGCUAGUCUGCAUGAAGCAAAUCGGCUUUGCAUGCCGUACCGACUUCAGGAAGAUACCAGUCAGUGGUUCGUCCUAUCCCUACAAAGGAGUGUCGAUGAAAUCCCUCCUCAAAAAGGAUCCUUCUCGCUCUGUGCGUGUGCCUGAUGGUGCAUGUGGACUUGGAUACACUGGUAAGAUUGACGAUAAUCUUGUCAUCACGUUUGACAGCGGUGCGCAAGCUAACCAGGCUAACAUUGCGCUCUCCAUUGCCGAUGUUGAGGACAGCAGCUGGACAUUCACGUUCCCUGUAAUGGAACAGCAAUUGGAUCCGAAGAAAGCGGUCAUAAAGAAUCAGCGCUACCUGAAGGUUUUGAAUAAGUACGUCGUAUCUCCUAAGCCUCUUAUCAAAUUUGGAAGCGAUAAGUAUACCGCCACCAAGAAAAACAAGAAGCGAGAGAAGCGGUCACCUGAUGAUCCUUUCGAUGGUUGCUUCACUACUGGCGGUGUUCUUCUCAAACCAAAGCUGAAGAGACUCCUCACGUACAGAAUCUACUUCGUAGUGUUUGUCAUCCCGAUGGAUUUCACAAUGCUGAUAGAUGCCGGCUGGGGUGUGGAUUACACAGCUGGCUUAUGCCUGGCAGACCGCAGUAUCAAGGGGUCAGUCAUCCCCUAUGCUCAACUGGAUAUUGCCGGCCAGUUGGCGGUCAACGCUUUUAUUGUCCGAUUUGGAAUUGAGCUGCGCGCUACCAUCAUGAAGACCCAGUUCCUACCGACCGUGUCCCUCGGCUUGACAACCUCCGGUGCACUGAAAAUCUGUUUGCUUGUUGACGUUGACGCUACUGCACUGACACUGUCGCUGCGGGCCUUUGUGAGCUUCAGGAUUUGCAUCAAGUGGAAAUGCCUCGGAGGCAGCACCCCGAUCUGCAUACCUUGGUUCGACUGGUGUGACCCUCUCUAUGCUACUGUGGCAUCCUUCAGCGUUGGCCGUUUCAAUGCCAGGGUUCUGACAUUUUGCCUGAAGCCUCCAGAUAAGACCUACCCGAACCCAGGAACAUUGCAGGCCAAGCAAACAUCUAAGGAUAGUAUCUUUUCAUCUUGGGAGGGCUUCAACGACCCGGAGUCUCAAGAACUGAAUUAUGAUAUCAGUGUGGGAACCUUUGCUGGUGGAAAGAACAUUCUGGCCCAGACCGACCAGGCAUCUGCAUCAACAGCCUCUCUCGGAAGUCUCUCUCUGCCUCACAACAAGCAAGUGUUUGUCACGGUCUAUUGUCGCAAUGAAGAGACCCUUAUCACUCCAGUGACAUCCAAGCCAUUCGUAGCCGAUACAACAUCACCAUAUGUGACACUGCGCGAUGGUAACUACACGCACACUGGUGAUGUGGACUAUCAGUGGAGCACGGAUACCCUUCAAGCCGUCAUGACUGUCAGUGAUGAAACACCUAUCGCCAGUACAGACUGGGCAAUAGGCACUAAACCUGGUGCAAGUGACGUGCAGCCAUUCAUAAAUGCUGGCUACACAAACGAAUUGGUGAACACUGAGCUGAAUCUGCAACACAAUCAACGCUACUAUGUCACUGUGGUCUCCACCAAUAAACUUGGUAUGGUGACUACAAUGAGCAGUACCGGAGUGCUCAUCGACACAACCCACCCUGUGGCAGGCAAGGUCAUUGAAGGCUCAUAUGUCUAUGAUCAAAAGAAUGAUAAGGACUACCUGAUCUCGACGGUGAACAUCAAGGUUGCUUGGAGUGGUUUCAGUGAUCCUGAAAGUCCCCUCGUACACUAUGAAUGGACGAUUAUAGACUAUGCCGGUGAUGAGCUGUUUGAUUGGAGGUCCGUUGGCCUGAGUACCAACGCCUAUGCAAAUGGUCUGAAAAUGAAGCAAGGCCAAACGUACCGCACGUUUGUCAGAGUGUGGAACAGGGCUGGUCUCAUCACAAACGUUACAUCAGAUGGAUUCACUAUUGACUACACCUUUGCGGAAUGCACCCCUGUCCUGGAUCUCACUGAUGCAACUGGACUAUCUACAGAUGUUGACUACACGGCAGUCUUGCCGCAAAUCAAGGCGUCUUGGUCCUGCCAGGAUGAGGAAAGUGGUCUGGUCAAAUAUCGUGCAGCCAUCGGAUCUUUCAAGGGUGGUCAAGAUGAGCAUCCGUAUAUGGAUGUAUCUAUUGGCAAGAACAACACUGGAUCUGUGACCUUCUCCUCCUUCUCAGUUGUACCCGGCAAGACCUACUACGUGCUGAUCAGCGCCAGCAACGGAGCUGGUUUGGAACGCACAGAGUGGUCCGAUGGAAUUAUGUUGGACAUUACAGCACCCCAUAUUGCUCAGGGCUAUCUUUACGACAUGUUGCCCACUGGUUUCAAUCGCUUUGAUGAAGACUACCAAACUACAGCGGCAGCUUCAUCCACCCAGUGGAAGUUUGUCUUCCUCGACUCAGAAAGUCCAGUCACCAUGUAUACCAUUGAGCUAAUGGAUAGCGCUGGCACUGUACUUGCUGAUGCAGACUACCCCAAAAGCAUCACCGCUACCACAAUCUCAGAGUUGAAGCUUGACAAUGGUGGAAUAUACAAAGUCAGAAUCAACUGCAGUAAUGAGGCCGGGCUGACAUCAUCAACCGAGACGGACGGGUUUAUGGUCGACAUAACCGCACCUCGUGUUGGCAUUGUUGGUGACGGACAAAAACUGGGUACCGACCUCAACUACUGGCACCAUGCUACAUCAGCAUUUGGCAAUUACAAGCUCUGUAUGGCUACGAAUGCAUCUGACAACUGGCCUCCAGUGGGUGCAGUAAAAACACCUGACCCAUCAACGUGCAGCAAAGACUCAUGGUACGACUGGGAAUCUGGUCUGCAGUACGCCGAGACAGCUGUUCUGUCGAAAAGUGGAACUCUAGUGAUUCCAUGGCAGUACGUUAGUGUGGAUUUUGAUGUGACUGGCAGAACAGGUGACUUGGUAGAUGGUGAAAGCUAUGUGUUUGCACUACGUCUCUACAACAAGGCUGGUCUGAAGAGUGAGGGAAAGAGUGAUGGCUUUACGGUCGACACUACGGAUCCCAUCGUCAAGGAUGUAUUUGUCAGUGACCCGAAUGACACCCUACCUCUAGAUAUGGUGAAGAGUGACUUUCUGGAUCUGACUGUUCACUUCACAACAUCUGAUCCCGAAUCGGGCGUUGUAGAGGACUACUGGUUCAUUGGCACAUACAGUGGUGGCUCAGACUUUAUCCCUCCAACUAAGCCUCCAGCAAGUGGACAGCCCUCUGCUACUGUCGGUCCUCUGUUUGAUGGACAGGCAUACUACCUUACCAUCACAUCUCGCAACGGAGCCAAUCAGAUCACAAGCGUGACGAAGCGAGGAUUCACUGCAGAUAGAACGCCGCCGCAGCAUGGUGUCGUCACGGAUGGCUGGAGCAAAGUGGACAGCGACUUCCAGUCAUUCAACAAGACACUGGGUGGCCAGUGGAAGUGGACUGGUGACAAUGUGGGUUUGGCGAGCAGGGAAGUAGCUGUUGGAUCCACUAAAACCACCGACGACAUCAUUCCCUUUACACCUGUAUCGAUAAGAACAUCGUCGAAAGCUCUCACCGAUGUGACUGGGUUACCAAGUGGAAAACCUCUCUACUUCCUUGUGCGAGAAACAGAUCUGGCUGGAUUUGUGACAGUGUCAGCUUCCAAUGGUAUCACUGUGGACUCAUCUCCACCAGUGUGCAGUGGGUCUAUAAGAGAUGGCCUGCAUGGUGAAGCUGCCUGGGUCACUCAAGACAGCUGGUUUGCAGCAAACUGGGACACUUGCACAGACAGUGAUUCAGGAGUUCAGCAAUACUACCUGGGCCUUACCGAGGAUCCAACAGAGCUGGUAGAUAGUGCAUACAAGUUCAAAGCGGUCGGUAUCACAAAGCAAGCCAUCGUCUAUGGUGCCAGCCUGGUGAACAACAAGAAAUACUACAGUCUUGUGAAAGCUGUCAACAAAGCUGGCCUGUCAACAACGGUAGUAAGCAAUGGCUUCCAAGUGGACAGCACGCCACCUAACUGUACACAUGUGCAUGAUGGUUUGACUGGCAACGUCGACUGGACCACUACAGCAGGCAUACUCAGCGUCAACUUUGACUGCACUGACCCAGAGAGUGGUAUAAUAAAAACGGAAUGGGCAGUCGGAACGUCUCCGGGUGCACAGAAUGUGAAGCCAUUCUUUACUCUAUCUAAUACGGUCAAAUCACAGCAGGAUUUGUCCUUCACGAUGAAGGAAGGUACUAUCUACUUCAGCACUAUUCGUGUAACUAAUGGUCUGGGCUGGAAGGAAUCCUACAGCAGUGAUGGAAUGGGCUUUGAUAGCACCCCGCCAACCGCAAUAUUCAUCAACGAUGGAAGCAGUCGACAGGUGGAUACGAAUUACACGUCAAACAAGACUCAUCUGCAGGCAACUUGGAACAUUAUCGACCUACAGAGUGGCAUUGGCAGUAUUGAUAUUGGUGUUGGAUCUAGCCAGGGCAAGGAUGAUAUUGUCGGAUUUGUGAGUGUGCCAACGUCCAAAACAUCAACUGACAUACCAGGCAGUUUUGUGCAGAACACAAUGUACUAUACAACGGUGAGAGUCACCAACAAGGCCAGGCUGCAGGCAACACUGUCAUCGGAUGGUGUACUGUUGGACCUGACACCACCAGUGUGUACUCAUGUCUACGACGGGUCCGUGUAUGCUACCGACUUGCUGUACCAAGUAACCACUGCUACUCUCGCAGCAAACUGGCAGUGUUCAGAUCCGGAGUCAGGAAUUAGUUCUAUCACGAGAACUACUCCAACAACAGCCAUGUUACCAUUGAAGCUGUCGGAGAAUGUCUCUGUUGUGAGUGGCUACACUUUGGUCUCGGGGACAAAGUACACUGUGAACAUCUCCCUCUCCAACAAAGCUGGUCUCAAGUCAGUGUAUCAGACCAAUGGCGUAAUUGUAGACACAACACCGCCCAAGAUAACCACUGCCAAGUUUGCGUACAGUCAGUCAACAAAUGCCAUUACUGGUACCUGGGUUGCCACUGACGUUGGCAGUGGUGUCCACAACUUCAGCUUGAAAAUCGGUGAUCAGUAUGGCGGUGACAACAUCCUCCCCACUACAACUGUCGGCAGUGUCACGACAAUUUCCACAUUGGACUUUGCUUCAGUUACCAUCCAAGCCAACAAGCAAUACUUCCUAACUUUGGAAGUCCAGGAUAAGGUUGGUCUGAAGAAUGUGCACAGCGCCAGAGUCACGACCGACACCACACCGCCAGUUUUCGGUGGCAAGAUCACGGGCAACAUCUUGUACCCAACAACAAUAACAUCAUCAACGUCUGUUUCCGUGAACGUAUCUGCCAGGUGGUACGGUAUCACAGAUCCCGAAACGGACAUCAACAGCAUUGAAUUGGCAAUGACAACGGACGGUACGUCCACCAGUUCGUACAGCACACUUAGCUACCAGAAAGUCAGCAGAUCGGCAGCUGGUGGUAUUGCUACCAGAGGCCAGGUGACUAGUUUCACCGUCACCAACAAUGCCAAGUAUCGCGUGAUUGUACGUGCCACCAACGGAGCCGGUCUCUCAUCGUACGGAAGCUCUGACGUGGUGACGGCAUCGUUUGGUAUAUUUGUUGCUGGUGUGGUGAAUGACGGGCCGGAUGAUGCCGACUCAGACUACCAAACUGUCACUACAGCAGCAUGGUGCAGCUGGCAAGGUUUCCGCGAUCCAACACACGGAAUCGCACGGUAUGAGUGGGGACUCGGUACAGCGUCUGGUCUUACUGACAUCAUCGCGUACAAAGACGCAGGAUUGAAAUCAUCUGCGGGUUAUGUUCACGGCCUGAAGCUAGUUGACGGCCGAACGUACUACGCCAGUGUUUGCGCAGUGAACAAGAUUGGACAAAAGAAAUGUUCCGAAUCAGAUGGCGUGGUGGUGGAUCUAACUGCUCCUGCCAUCAGCAUGUUGUCGUUUAGCACCGCCAGGAAGUUUGUUAGCUCUCAAGAAGAAGUACGGGUGCAGUGGACGGCGUCUGACGCUCAGAGUUCAAUCUCUCACUCGCUACUAUCUCUUGGCACAUAUCCCCACGGUCACAAUGUGCUGGAUUCCAGCAAUCUUGGCCAAAACUCAGACUUCAUAAUACCACCGAACUUGCUCGACAAACAAGGUCAGCCUAUCUAUGCCACUGUCAAAGUGUUCAACAACGCUGGACUGUUUGCAGUCACAUCAACGUCGCAGUCACUGUCGGUUGAUAACACUCCACCACGAGGUGGAGUGGUCACAGUUGAAUUGAAAUCCGAUAUUUUCAAUCUGAAGUGGACAGGGUUUACAGACCUGGACAGCGGUGUAACCAACUACCGCUGGUGCUUGGGGAGCAGCGCCGGGCAGGGUGAUGUAUGGAACUGGACUGACGCUGCCAUUUCGACAGUCGCCUCCACUGAUAAGGUCAACGUGAAGCAGGGCAGUCUACUGGUGGCCACCGUCGAAGCUUUCGAUGGCGCUGGUUUGAGCACCCAAUCAUACUCCGAUCUGUUUGUCGUUGACAAAACUCCACCGGCCAUGGGAAGGCUUUGGGAUGGUCUUGAGGUGGGCGACAUGGAGUACCAAUCUGAUGGACAGUUCAUUGCUGCAUCAUGGAGUGGAUUCAAGGAUGAUGAGACUGAUGUCACAAAGCUUGAGAUUUGUCUCGGAACGAAGGCAGGCCUGUGUGACGUCGUUCCAAUGAAACACAUCGGAAUCGUCUCGUCGUUUACAUUCAAGAAUGCCAACAUCACGGAAGGAGACAAAUACUUCACAACGCUGAAAGUAACCAACGGUGCUGGACUGUCAACACAAGCGUCAACCAAUGGUAUCAUUAUCGACUCCAGUGCACCUGAGGAGGUUUAUUUGAUUGCAACCGAAGACGGAACAAACCACAUUGAAUACUCCAGGAGCAGCCAAAUCACAGGGAAAUGGCAGUUCAAUGACAUGCAGUCUGGUAUCAGAUCGUAUGAAUGGGCUCUGUGUAACAGCGAGGACAACACGGUGUGUCUACAGAACUUCACUUCGGUUGGCAUGGCAACAAAUUCGACCAAUCCCAAUCUUGCCCUCGUCAGCGGCCAAUGCUAUGUUGUGCUGGUAAGAGCUACUAACAAUGCAGGAUCAACAACAACAGUAAUUUCUAAACCAAUCACAUUUGACUCAACGUCACCAUUGCCUGGACAAGUGAUGGACGGAAGUGGUCUAGCAGAUGCAGAUUAUCAAAGUACAGCAUCUAUAGCAUCUGCCAGCUGGACAAAGUUCAGUGAUGUUGAAAGUGGUAUACUGACGUAUGACUGGUGCGUUGGUAGUGCGCUGGAGAAGUGUGAUGUGCUAGCAUGGACCACAGUUCAGGGCGCAGACUUGAAGGCAAGUGUAUCAGGCCUGGCAUUGGCACAUUCCGGCACAUACUUUGUGGCCGUGAGAGCUACAAACAGAGCAGGUUUGUUCACUAUCUCGCACUCAGACGGCAUCACAAUCGACACGACGGAACCAGCAUGCACCUUGAUCCGAGACGGCAGUGCACGAACUGAUUCCGACUACCAGAGCUCUGUCAAUCACGUCUCUGCUUCAUGGGAUGCCUGCACCGACGCAGAAAGUGGUAUCGUGGACUAUGAAUGGGCCAUCGGUUCCAAAGCCGGGUACAGUGACGUCUUGGCAUUUACCAGUGUUGGUUUGAACACAGAUGCUAAUGUAAUGCUGAGGCCUAUCACCAGUGGAAGCAAGAUAUUCGUGUCCGUGCGUGCAAUCAAUCCUGCUGGAAGAAGUAAAGUGAUAACGUCCAAUGGUCUCACCGUUGAUUCCUCUCCACCGACUAUUGCCAGUGUGGGUGCCGGUCCCAGGAAUGCAGUGUACGGUGCCUACGAGAGCAUACAGUCCACAUUUGCAGCCCACUGGACAACAUCUGAUGCAGAAAGUGGCAUAGGCAAGAGCGAGUGGUCCAUCUGCUCGCUUACGCCCACUGGUGAGCAUUGCAUUCAGAACUUCACCAAUGUCCUGAAGAACACCAAUGCCAGCUCCUUCAAUUCUCAAAUCAAACCCGGUGUCUGCUACUUUGCGAAGGUGAAGGUAACGAAUGGUGCCGGUGCAGUCGCCACUGCUGACUCAGCUUGCACUACUUUUGACUGGACGCCGCCAGAGACUGUCAUAGCAAGCAAGAAAGCCGACCGAACAUCUAUAACGUAUGUCAGCAAGCUGGAAAUUAGCACUGCAUGGGAAGGUUUCCUAGACCAUCAAAGUGGUAUUUUGAAUCAGUCUUGGUGCAUCGGUUCAUCACUGACUACUCUCGAUGAUGUCAUGCCCUGUACACCAGUGGACACUAAGACGACAACUGCAGUCUACAACUCAGCCAAGCUGAAGGAAGGAGCGACAUACUACACGACAGUCCGGGCAGCGAAUGGUGCUGGCUUAACACGCAGCAUCCUGACAAGUGUUGUGGUGAUUGACUUGUCGCCACCACGUACUGGUCUAGUUCUGGAUGGCCUGAGUGAUGUGGACUCUGAUUACAGUAGCAAUACAGUAGCGGUGGCAGUUUCCUGGGCAUUGUUUUCCGAUAACAUCAGUGAUAUAGACCACUAUGAUGUGGCUGUAGGAUCAGCACCAGGAUUGACUGAUGUUCGCGAUUGGACCAACGUUGGUGUUUUGCUGGAAACAACAUUGGCGUGCACACUGAAGACAGGUGACACGGUAUACCCCACCGUGAGAGCCUGGAACAAAGCCAACCGGUCAACGCAGCUGUCCACCGAUGGUGUAAAGAUUGAUGCUUCACCGCCUCGAUCCGGUCUGGUUUGGCUGGAUAGCAGUGUGGGAUACCAAUCCGACUUGACGGGCAUCUCAGCCAGUUGGAGCGGAUUCAUGGAUAGCGACAGUGGAAUAACACACUACAUGCUCAAAGUCUGUUCUCUCUCCUCCAGCAGAUGUCCACUGAACUUCAUCAAUGUUGGCAAGCAUAUGAAUGCCACGAGUUCAGUUCGGUUGCUAGAUGGUGAUACGUAUGUUGUUGUAAUCCGGGCAUACAACGGAGCAGGCCUGUUCACUGAAGUCACAUCUCUUUCAUCUGUAACAGUUGACUCAACGCCACCAGAGGUCAACUUUGUGUAUGAUGGCUCAACUCUCGGAUCCGAUACAAGCUACCAGACCAAUGUAUCUGAGUUGUCAGUGAAUUGGAACAUCCAGGACAGUGAGAGUAUGAUUGAUUCCUUCGAAGUUUGUGCUCAUGAGGAAGAUCAUCGCAACAUCUCAAUCAUUUGCAAGAAGAUAUCAAAUAAGAUGGCAACAUCCGCUACCCUCUCUCUACCUCUUACUGAUUUGAGUCUUUAUGUUGUGAAGGUGACUGCUACCAAUGCUGCAGGAAUGUCUACUGAGGUCUUCACUAAUGGUGUUGAAGUUAUUACACAAGCUCCACCAGCUGGUGAAGUAUAUGAUGGUACUGGAACUGAAGACAUUGACUAUCAAUUUAGCAAGACAGAGUUGUCCGCUAGUUGGAGUGGCUUUGCACACAAUCACACAGACUCCCUGGAGUACACAUGGAGCAUUGGCACUCAGCCGAUGAAGGCCGACAUUCUGCAACCGACAGCUGUUGGGAAGGCAACAAGCGCGGUGAUGACGGGAUUGCAACUGCAGCACAACCAGAUGUACUUUGUAUCCGUGACCGGUACGAACAGGGCAGGAUUGAUGACUACGGUCACGUCUGAUGGUGUACUUGUUGACCGAACGCCCCCACGUGCGGCCCAAGUCUUUGACGGCUUGUCACAAGAUCCUCAACAAGAGCUGGACUAUCAAGUGGAUGCCACUACAGUCAGUGCUAAUUGGCUGCCGUUCAGCGACAGCGAGAGUGGAAUUGACCGUUAUGAGUUUGCUAUUCUAGAACAAAAGCGUUCUACAGACGGCGAUUCAUGGCUACAGGCAGUUUCAGUGCAGAAUUACAGCACUGCUGGAUUGAAUACAAGUAUUGUGGCAUCUUCUAAUUUGCUGCUUCCAGAGAGGAGAUAUAUCAUUGUGAUCCGAGGAUACAACAAUGCGCAGAGGUUUGUGGAGGCCCGUAGUGAUGGCUUCACAGUAGAGGUACCAGCUACCCAGUUUAGCGUUGAAGGUUGGUCAGGUGGUGAAAUCUAUGCGUCGUCGUACGUCAGUGACCCGGUGAAUAUUGCCUCGUCCAUUGUGUUGUCUGGAAAUGUCAGCACUGCUAAUGGAACAGUGGCAGUUGGUGCUGACGCAAUUGCUGAUGGUCGCCACGCUCUCGACCCAAGGACCGUGUAUCACCUAUCCAUUCCAAGCAUUGAAUUGGGCAACUCUACCACCAACAACGACACAACAUUGGCAACAGACUACAUCCUGACCGGUGACUAUGCAGGUCAGAACAUCACCAUGGGUAUUUUCGAGGAUUCGGACUCGCCAUGCUGUGCUUCUACACGCCGUGCUGCUGACACAUUUGCCUUUGGCACACAGAUGUCUGUGGUGGGUGUCGAUGCAGCUCUUUCCACUGUGGCGAUCUCGUCGUCUGGAUAUAUUUCACUGGGAAGUGCCAGCCAAGCUCUUGUGUUCCAUGCCGAUCUUCCUUCGGAGUUGCUGUAUCGCCUGGAGGAAGCUGCUGACAGCGACAACACAACAAGUUGGUCCAGUGCUAGUGAUGGCAACUCACUAGUCUUGAUGUCGGCAAAUCGACUUGAGAACCUAGUGUUCAGUGGAGCAACACCAAGUAAACCAGCAGUGAGCCAAAAGUUGAGUGUAUCUGAUAUUCCAAAUGCUGUACGUCUCCACACGCCACUUGUCAUCACCAACACGUACACUUUCUUUGUUGUGGAGAUGAAUGGCGGAAGCUAUCUACCGUGUCCAUUUGACUCUAGUGGGUUCUCACUGUCGGAGUGCACUCGACCUGUUCAGGACAGGAAUGAUCUGCACAUUGAUGGAACUGACGACUUACUUGCUAUUUCACAAUCACAUCUGGAUAGUGUGACUCUACUAGUAAGGACUAGCAGUGGUCGCUUUGUAAACAACUGCACAAUGCCAUUCAAUGGUCCAGUGCAAUCUGUGAAGCUGAUGAACAUCGGCACAGAGAACUAUCUAGCAGUGGGACUGGGAAGCAAGAGCAGCAGCCCUGCAUCCAGCAGCUCUAGCGGCGAGGUCAGGGUCAUCAAACUCACCAGCCAGUCAGCAACACUUUGUCCAGCACCGACCUCUACACCACAGUGCACACUUAGAGGAAAAAAGCUCAGCACGGAACGAUUUGGCAACUCACUGCAAUGGCAGGCUGAUGCCAGUGGUGACGGUGGAGUACUGGUUGUGACAUCAAAUACCACUCAAAAGGACUAUAUCAACAUGGUUGAUGUCCAGCUGGAUCAACAAAAACAACGUGUAGUGUGUACUGGAAUUGGACGUACAGAGAACACCGCUUCAACAGAUGGCAACAUUGGAACAGACUCGGUCUCAUUCGGUUACGAGCUACUAGCGAGCAUACAAGCAAACAGUACCAUUCAAGUGGCACCAUUCUGCAAUAGAAACAACAGCAGACAAGGCACAUCAGAUCUGCAAAGAUUGCCAUUGCAGUGUAAACCGUGUGAAGGUGGCUCCCUUUCCAGUGGUGGUGUCUUGGACGACUGUCGCUUCUGCGACAAAUCUGCGUCGUGUCUUCGUCCAAAUCAAAAGCGUAUCAACACAGUUGUGCCUAUUGUAACUGGCCCUGGAUUGACCCAGGCUGAAAGGUAUGUGCUUCAGGUGAACUCAACUAGUCCGUCUGGAAGAAAGCUGUCUUCAACAUCAGCUGUGUUUGAGCUGGAUGUAACACCUCCAAUUCCCGGUGAUGUGCUUGAUGGCACUGAUGGAAACGACGCACAGUAUUUGGACGUGAGCACAUUCGAUAUGGGCUGCACAUUCGGUGGAUUUGAUGACGCAGAGAGUGGAAUCAGAGAAUAUUAUUGGUGCGUUGGUACAACGCCUGGAGAGUGUGACUUCAUAGCACUAACGCCGACAGGAAACACGUCGUUUGCGUCGGGUUGUUCAGACUGUAGGAUUGUUGACAAGCAAACAUACUAUAUAACCGUAGUGGCGUACAACUGGGCCAACCUGUCAGCUAACGCAACAUCUAAUGGACUGGUCGUGGAUCUCACUCCACCUGUCAUGACGGUGGUGAACGACGGCUAUUUCCCACCAGAUGAGAUACGCAUGGUGUUCACCGACGCUGUGCCAACCAACUGGAUCGGAGCGGACGAAGACAGUGGCGUGCGCCUGUACAGGAUCUCGGUCGGAACGACGCCAGGUGGAAAUGACAUGGCUUCUGGCGUUGAGGUGGGAGUCACUACUCAAUACAUUGUUCCUAAUGUCAAGCUCUUGGUCAACUCAAAAUACUACGUUACUGUCGAGGCUGAGAACUACGCUGGUCUGACAUCUAACAUGACUUCCAAUGGCUUUGUCGUCGGUGAAAGUCUUACUGAGGUGGAAGUGUCCUUCGACGAUAGCACUUUCAUCUAUUUUGACUCCACCGAUCUGUCUUCAAGUGUCGGUGGUGACCGACUGAACGACAGCAGCGGAGAGUUGCUUGUCAAUCAGACCGACUCCAUAGGUGCUUAUAAAUUCAGCGCAGUUGACUACAAUGGCGGGCUGAAUAUCACCGGACGUCGGUUGGAGAAUCGUGACUUCGCCACGGGAUCACGCCGGAAGCGAGGUGCCGGCCCUUCGUACGUCGACCCCGCCAAAACUGCUCCAAAUGGUUUGAUGAGUGCCGACUACACCUUUGAUUUGAAACUGUUCAGUAGUGAUAGCAGCCUUAUCACUGAGCCAGUCAAGGUCCGUGCCAAUCUCACCGAGGUCUUCUUCAUCUACCGAUCUGCCAAACUGUUGGGUGCCAACAGGAACGUGACUGAUCCAUCGAUCCCCGAUGAUGAGAUUGAUGUCUACAUCAUGAUGUACAACACGACGUCCGAUGAAUGGACACCGACCUGUGAAGACUGUGAUGCCAGCUCCACCGGGACGUUCAUGAAUCGUACAGAGACCAUGGCCACGUCGUACCUUGAUCGUUACCGCAGUCCGCUGCAGCUGGGCACCUUCUUCAACUACUCGGACCAGUACGGAGUGUUCGGUGUGAAGGAACCCUAUGAGUGUGUCAGUGUGGCACAAUCAAACACCACGCUGAUUGAAGUGCUGCGUGAAAAGGGUGCAUAUGGAGUUGUAAACAUCUCAUGGCUGGCGACAAAGACACUGGGCUAUGAACAGCUGGGUAACUAUGCACAAUCAAGCCAUGUUGUUCAGGAGGCAAACUGGCUUCCAGCUAUUGAGGUGCCACUUCAACUGCCUAAUGCUACCGUGGGACAUAUCAAAGUCAGCUUUACAACAACCCAUGAACAUGCAAGGAUCGACAACCCCUAUGCCUCCAUAUUUGUGCUGAAGACUGCACUUCCAGGCGGCGUGAUUGAGUUCAGUCUUGGUCAAAGAGUUGUGGCAGUGAACGAGACCAUUGGGAGACUUCACAUCCCUGUGUCUCGGAGAUGCAGUGACUCCGAAAGUGUCACCGUGCACUUCAAUGUGCGCUACCAGGCAUACCCAGCCACAUCGUCAAGUGCCUCGGCGUACAACACCAGUGACUACAUCGUUGCUACGCCAACAGUUAUUUUUGCUGCCAAUGAAGAGACUAACUACCUUGUCAUUGAUAUCCUCAAUGACAAUACCCCAGAACUGAAUGAAACAUUGACCAUUGACAUAAUAGCAACAGGUAAUUCUACCCUUGGUCCAGAAUCUCAACUGCAAAUUGUCAUUUUGGAAAACGACGAUGCCCAUGGUGUACUACGGCUGGCAUCAGAUGAAGCUGCUGUCAAGGAAUCUGCAAAUCAAUACCUGUCCCUGACACUACUUCGUGACCGAGGCAAGUUUGGAUCAGUGCAAGUGCAGUGGGACGCAAUCGGUGCUACAGCAUUGGGUCUUGACGAUUCCAGUCACCUAUCGUCUGCAAACCUCUCAGCUAUAAUACAGCGGAGUAAGCAAGGAACACUGGCACAAGAACUGGACUUUAUCCCAACAUCAUCUAGUGUAGUAUUGGCCGAGGGACAAGCCAGUGUGGAUCUGAAGGUCUACAUUGUCAAUGACGAUAUACCGGAGUGGAAUGAAACAUUCAGUGUUAUCCUUGCCAAUGUAACUGGUGGUGCAAGAAUUGGAAUGCCAAACACUUCUGACGUCACAAUUAUGCCAAAGAAUGACCACACACCAGCAUUCCACCCAACAUCAGCUUCCGUCUUUCUGCAAGAGGACUACGUGAGACUUGCUGGUGCAGUGAUAGUCUCACUCAAUGCAACAGACCCUGACCUGGGCAGCAAUGGUGAAUAUUCAUUUUACCGUUCGGACACGUCCAGCAACUGCAGCUGGCUGUCUAUUGAUCCAGUAGCCGGUGUGGCGACAAACAAAGUGCCCCUCAUGCCUUGGAACACGUCUGACUUGUGCAUCACACAGCUUGCCGUCCGGGAUCAUGGUGUCCCGUCGCUGUCUUCCAUCUUCUCACUCUCUGUUGCCAUCAACUUCACAUCACGCUGUCGACCGGGCACUGCCAGUACAUCUGGUUUCCUACCCUGCACAGCAUGCCCUCUAGCCACCUACCAGGAAAGAUUCGGUGAAUCCAACUGCACAUUGUGUCCUAACAAGGAAGUGACCAUCAACACCGCAGCCGAUAAGCUGUCCAAAUGCCGUGCUGUGUGUCAGCGAGGAACAAUGUCACAAGACGACACUGGACUUGAUCCAUGCCAGCUGUGCCCAAGAGGAACCUACCAGUCUCAAGCAAGACAAAGCAACUGUACCUGGUGUCCUUCCGGAACUGCAACCAUUGGCAGAGGAAGCAAAUUACCUACAGAUUGCUUAGCUGACCAAGAUGGAGAUGGAAUACCGGAUGUGAUUGACAAUUGCAUACACUACAAGAACACUUUACAAGUGGACAGCGAUGGAGAUGGUAUUGGCGAUCUGUGUGACUGUGACGGUGAAUUUGCGGCCAGACUGUGCGCGAACGAUGGCUUCUGUCUGAGUGGUGACCGCGACUAUUCAUGCCUGUGUAGCAUUGGUUACACUGGUACUCAUUGUGAAGUGGAGAUUGACGAGUGUGAGUCGAAUCCAUGUGCGCUUGGUAGCACAUGUGUUGAUCGACUUGCCAUGUACGAGUGCGUUUGCGAUGACAGUUAUGCCUGGGGAUUCCAGUGCAAUCAAACAAACCCCACCAUACGCCAGGUAUCAGAAGCAGUUCCUGUGGGUGGCUCAAUCGCCAAAAUUCUUCCUGAGAAGCGUGAAAACUUUGAAAUCAACUCGUACGUUUACAGCAUCACAUCUGGAAACGCAGACAGCCUUCCAUUCCAUCUCGACUCUGCUUCAGGAGAUCUAUGGCUGGACAGACACCUUGAUAGAGAGACGUUGGAUGAGUAUUCCUUCACCCUGUCUAUUGCGAGGAUCAAUGAAGCUCCGCCAAGAGUAUCUCUCUCAACAGAAACGAAUGUAAGCAUACUGAUUGAAGACGCCAAUGAUAAUAAGCCUGUGUUCACCACCUUUAACUGGUCAAUAGCAGUCAGCGAGGAUGCGGCAUUCGGUACAACGCUGGGACUGGUCAGCGCGACGGAUGCUGAUCUUGGAAGCAAUGGCUCGGUGUGGUAUAACAUGACCAUGACCGGGUUUGCUUUCCCAGUCUGGGGAAUCGACAACGACACCAUCUUAGCGGUCGAGUACGAGACUGUCAACAAUCUGUCCGACUACGACUCGAUGUGGCUGGAGAGAAUUGUAUCACUGGAUCCCAACAGCGGUGUGUUAACUCUGAUGGACCAACUGGUCUGGAACAAGACUUCACAGAUCAUGUAUGAGCUUCAGGUUUACGACCGGGGAUCUCCUCAGCUCCUUGGAAACUCAUCUACGUUUGUUUUGACAAUUCUGGCGUCCAACGAUUAUUCACCUUUCUUCCAUCCGAAAUCUCACACUGUUACUGUGAAGGAAGAUAUCAAGAUUGAUGAAACUAUCGCUCAGACGCAGGCCUAUGAUGGAGAUUCUGGUCCAUCUGGAGAAGUCCGCUACACGAUUGAGAAUGGCACCUACUCCAAGUACUUCACAGUGGACCCGUUGAGUGGUGAGGUGAUCGUGGCGAAGACUCUGGACAGAGAAACACAUCCUCUGGGAAUGGUGAUCAGGGUGAUUGCCACUGAUCAGGCUCCUGCACCGGCACCGCGGCGCACGGCUGUGUGCGUCAUUACAAUCAUCUUGAAGGAUGUCAAUGACAACCAUCCUACGUUCCACACAUCCAACGUUCAUCUGACUCUCCGAACACCUCAACCUGGAGACGUUAUCUACCAGACCAACGCCACCGAUCCAGAUCUGAAUCAUGCUGCUGACGUCAGCUAUGACCUGUUUGUUGAUGCAUACAGCUUGUUCUCUGUGUCGCCGACCGGGGAGCUUGUCUUGGAGCAAGAGACGACAGAAGCAAGACCCGUGUCUUACUAUCUGUUCAUUGAAGCUGCUGACAAUGGCACUGUUCGACUGUACAGCUUCCAACGUGUUAUUGUGACAUUCCUCGGUCCCGAUGAUCCCGAUGACUUAGGUCCCGUACCAGUCAGGAUAUCAGCCGACGUUGAUGAGAACACUGCGCCAGGUUUUAACGUGCUGAACACAACGGACGUACAGGAGCCUGGCGGCUUGCCAUCUCACGUCAUGGCCAACUUCACAAUCGUCGGCCAGAGCAGUGGAAAUCACUUUGCACUGUCCGGUUUGACCAACGAACUCAUGGUAACAACUCCCGACGUGAUAGACCGAGAAGAAAACCCUUACCUGCUCGUGACGCUUCGAAUGACAAAUCCUCAACUCAAUAAUAUCUCGACACUCUUCACCAUCAACGUGACCGUGAUCGAUGAGAAUGACAACCGACCAGUGUUCACCGAAGAAGCAUACUAUGCGGCUGCAUUGGUACAGCCAGAAACACAGCACGUACCAGGUGUCAUCCUGACUGUCACCGCCAUUGAUGCUGAUGCUGGAUCCAACGCGCUGGUCACGUACAACGUGGGCGAUGCAGGGAUAUUUCAGGUCGCUCCUGAGUCCGGAAAGAUCACCACAGACGAUGUCCUUGAGACAUAUGUGCAUCUUGCAUUCAGUGUGCGGGCACGCGAUCAUGGAACACCAUCAUUGUCAUCAACCGUCAUUGCCAAUGUGUUCACAUACCCGAAAUCUGUUGCCACCUUCAUCACGAUUCCCUGCAAUUACACAGUGGAUAGUGACACGUCGAAAAUGCUGGAAGCCAAGCUAAAAUCCCUAAGCCUGGGAGGUAGAAGCGUCUUCAUUACCAAUGUGACUGCAACAGCCAACAAGACACUGCUAGAAGUGGUUGUAACACGCCAUGCCCACUCAGCAACUGGUGGAAAACCUCCCAUCAUUGACUACGAGAUAAAACCAAUUGACCUAGCGGAUGCUGGAGAGUUGAUGUGCGGCAAGGCAGUGGAGUCUCGUAGCAACGUUGUGCUAGAAAGCUGGCACAUUGCUAUUAUUGUCAUUCUUUGCGUGGCCUCUGUUCUACUCAUUGCGUUCUUGGUCUGGAGACGCAAGACAGCCUCAACUAGGAAGAAGAAGAGAGCGACAAAUCCGUCUAGUGUUUCCGAGGAAGAGGUCAAGAUGAAGCCAUUAAAGUCUCCCGGGAGAAAGGAGAAAAGCAUGCGUCGCGAAGCCAAACGCAUCAUGAAAGACAAGAAGGCCAUGGAGCAUCCUGACCUGGCGGAUGACUUCUACAUUCGCUCGGGAUCGAUUGUCAACAAUCCCCUCUACCAGCCUGACCGUGACACGUUUCAGAUGUCCAGCUUUGAGGAAAGGCGUGGAACAGCCUACAGUUGGACUCCGGAUAAUGAUUUUGGCACUGAAGAUGAGGACAUGUUCGCACCGGCUGAGGGCACGGGUGUCACCAAUGCUGCCUUCAGGGAUGCCAGUGAUGACGACUCAAUGGGUGACAACUACAUGGAGAGGGACGAAACCAUACAGACACCAUACGUCGGAGUUGACAACCCGAUGUUCAGCAUCGACUCCGACGCAGGACAUCUGGAAAUGGAUGAUCCCGUAUUGACACCGAACGGCGAGGGAGUGGACAAUCCUAUGUUUAGCAUGGGUUCGAACAUGGGUACUGGUCACCUGGAGAUGGAUGGAACCAUGCUAACUCCAAGCUACGGAGGCGACAGCCCACUCCGUCCGUUUAGCCCUGAAACAUCUUCCCAGACAGCGCUCAUCAGCGUAGUAGAGGAAGACGACCCUGUCCAGUACACGUACAAAGGUACAACCAGCAUCUCAACCCCGCAAACACUCAUGAGGAUGAAGAUACCGUAAAUGUCCAAGGCAGGUUCUCAGGUUUGGCUAGACCAACACGGACAGAAGCAAAUAUCACGUAUCUGAUGUAAUACUGCAACUCUUCUCUACUACCGAACAAUAAUUCUCAAUCAAAAUACCUCAUCAUGUAGCUCAGAGUAGUAAUUUGUGUAUUGCUUGUCAAGCUAAAUCAGCCAUACAUCACCAGAAAGAACAAUUGUUUUUGUUCCUCAUUGCCGGCUUUGUACAAGUACAAAAUAUGCCUCUGUCUUCAACACUGAGAUAACUUGCCACACACAGCACAUCGCAGUCUUGUUGGUGCGUCUGAUUCUAGUCAAGACACAGUGCACACCAUUUUGAAGUGCUCAAGCUGUUUCUUCAUUUUCAUAAUUCAAAGUAUUUUUCAAAAGAUCUAUCAGCAAUGGCUGAAUGGACGCUAAUAUUCAAUCACUCAGUCUACUUUGUAAUCACUGUUUAAAAUUGAACAACGGACCAUCCAUCGUCUACCCCCUCCCCUUCUUCUAUCCUCUUCAAGUUCACACCAAUACGUUAAAAAUAUCUAUUGGUCCACAACAGAAAUGAUUGAUUUUCAAUGCCAAUGACAAUCCGGCAUGGUA